GCCAGUGUUCUGGCACUGUAAGGGAAUUGUCGGUCUCGCUGCUGCUGCGGUGCUCUGGCUCUCUGGAUGCCCCAGCACAUUCCCAAGUGGGAUCGCCACUGCUGUUGGAAGUGAUGGACAAAUGAGUGAAGAAUCCAAUGAAACAUGAUGUACACCACUUGCAAAUGGAAGGAGAAAAGAAGUUUGACAUGAGUCUACUACGAACCAGUGGAGACCUGAAGGGACAGAACAUACCAACUCUUACCAUCUAUUUAUUUUACAUCAGUGCUACACUUUGGGGUUUUACAGAACAGGAAGAAGUUACAGGGCUGUUUUCUGAGGAUUGCAUCCUUCCUUGUUCUUUUCCACGGGGGGAUGAUGUUGUAAUUCACUGGAGUAAAGGAGGAAAAACUGUGCACUCCUACUACUACCAGAAGGAUCAGCCGGCAGAUAGCUCAGAAUACAUUAACAGAACACAGCUUUUCCAUGAGAACAUCACUAGUGGAAACGCCUCCUUGAAAAUUUGUAACCUGACCGUGACUGAUGAGGGCACUUAUGCAUGUUAUGUGGGAACAAAGCAAAAUCGUACAAACCAGAACGUCACACUACGUGUAAAAGUUUCCUCUUAUUAUGCACUGGAAUACCAAAAGACAGACACAGAAAGGAAACUGAAGUGCUAUGCCUUUCUCACUUAUCCAGCACCAAAUAUAUCUUGGGUACAAGGUAAUAUAUCCAUCCAAGAAACAGAUCGUGAGGAAACCAGGGAUGGAGUUCUCUAUUCUCUUAGAAGUGACCAGAACAUUAUAAACACAAGAGCAGAUCCUUACUACUGUCAUAUUCAUGUCCAUCGUUUAAACUGGAUUGCUGAAUGGAAGAUGCAAGACCAACUGUCUAAGACAAAAGGAAGUAACGCUGUAAUUCCUUGUGAAUACAUCAAUAACACUGCAAACACUGAAGGUGUCUAUGUUGUUUGGAAAUUAAACAGAAAUUCAGUGACUUCAGUCCUGGCCUCCUUCAAUGGUACAUCCCACUCUUACCAGCCUCGAGCCCAGAUAAACAGAAGUGACUUUUCAUUGAUCCUGCGUGAACUUACUGCAGCUGACAGUGGAGAAUAUCUGUGUAAUAUUUCAACACCUCACUACACAAAAGUUAUUGUGACAACUUUGCAAGUUGGUAACACCUGGAUAGGAGUGGUAGUAGGAGCGGUGGCGGUGGCGGUAGGAGGUGCAGUGGUGCUGGGAGCAGGAUACUACGGCCUCUGUAUCAAGGUAUGUACAAUCAUUAGAGUAUUUAUUUUUUUAAGAAACAGAGAGCAGGAAUCCUAUGAGCUCCGUGUCCAUGUCCUACCAGAAGAAAAUGCUUCUCUGCGCACAGGUGCAAUUGAAAUUGUUGAUGAAAAGGACAGAGUUCCUUCACCUUCCCCUUUCAGCAAGAGCCACAUGAAAACAUGA